AUGGUUACAGGUAUCAAGAAUGUCAAUAGACAACCAAGAAGAUUGUUUACUGGUUGUGCUCUUCAAGCUCUUCAACAACUUACCGGUAUUAAUUUUAUCUUCUAUUUCGGUACUCAAUUCUUCACCAGUUCCGGUAUUGAAGAUCCAUUCCUUAUUCAACUUGCCACCAACAUUGUUAAUGUUGGUCUGACAAUUCCAGGUAUUAUUUUAGUUGAAACUUGGGGUAGACGUAGCUUAAUGUUGUUUGGUAGUUCAGUUAUGGCAGUUUCCCAAUUAAUUGUUGCUAUUGUUGGUGUUGCUCAACCUCAUGCUAAAGCCGCAAAUCAAACUUUAGUUGCAUUCAGUUGUAUUUUCAUUGCUGGUUUUGCUUGUUCUUGGGGUCCAUUGGCAUGGGCUAUUUGUAGUGAAAACUUUUCUUUGAAUGUCAGACAAAAGAGUAUUUCCAUUACUACUGCAUUUAAUUGGCUUUUCAACUUUGCUAUUGCUUAUGCUACUCCAUAUUUGGUUGAUCCAGGUAAGGGUAAUGCUAAUUUAGGUAGUAAAGUUUUCUUCAUCUGGGGUGGAUGUAAUGUUAUUGGUGGUCUUUUCGUUUACUUUAUGAUCUUCGAAGCUAAAGGUUUGAGUUUGGAACAAGUUGAUGAAAUGUAUAUGAAGGUCAAACAUGCCUGGCAAUCUAAAAAUUUUGUUCCUUCUGUUCAUGCUUUCAGAGACGAAACUACUGGUGUUCAUCGUAUUUCUUCUGAAAUGAAGGAUGAUGUCGCUCACAUCGAUGAAGACUCUGUCUAA